GAUAAACCCUUAGAUACUGAAGAAAUAGAGAAACCAAAACCCCAGUUUAUUCGAAGCGGUGAAGAUAAGAGAAUGGCUUGUGGCAUAUGUAGAGCAGCAGCAGCUCCCGCUCCCUCACUUGUUGCCUCUUUCCUCCCGCCGUCAAAUCUCUUAUUUUCCAUUAAUUUGGCUUCCUCAUCCACUACCAAGUCCAAACCUAAAACUCCUCCUCUGCUUCUCAAGACCACCAAAUCAAACCUCAUUUGCAGAGCUGAAAAGGAGUACAAAUUCCCCGACCCAAUUCCCGAAUUCGCUGAAUCCGAGACUGAAAAGUUUAAGUCCCAUUUGCAGAAGAAGUUGGCCAAGAAAGAUAUGUUUGGAGAUUCCCUAGAUGAAGUUGUUGGAGUCUGUACUGAGAUAUUCGAUAACUUCUUGCACUCCGAGUAUGGUGGUCCAGGAACACUCUUGGUGCUUCCUUUCAUUGAUAUGGCGGAUACCAUCAACGAAAAGGGCUUGCCCGGAGGACCGCAGGCUGCCCGAGCAGCCAUAAAAUGGGCACAAGCUCAUGUAGACAAAGACUGGAAAGAAUGGACUAGCACCUAGAAUUCAAAUCUUAUUUGUAGAAUAGUUAGCCAAAAAGUGAAGUUAUCCUACAGCAUAGAACGCCUCAACUUAUGUCAAUCCAACUAUAUUUGUACUAUUUGAGAAAUGAAAGUAGUUCAGAAUAUCUAGAAACAUUGAUUUAUUUCAUCUAAAUUCAAGAACCAUCAUAUUGAAGAUGCUA